AUUGGGAGUUCCGUUCUAUACAGGCUGAAGAGACACACGGUGAGAAGUGCGAUGAAGCUUCUGGGCAGUAGCCGAGAGCAGAAGCCGACAUCAAUUGAGCCUCAGGAGGAUCAAAACUCACUGGUGCCAUCUUCAUAGACCAACUCAUCGUUAGUAACCCUAUGACCUGUACAGAGUGUAGACUACUUAUUCAUAUAUCAUUCCACGACCUCAACCUCGAGAAUAGCACCCACCAUGUCAGGAGAACUCCCAACAGACACCCACAAGCCGGAGAACCCAUCCGAGAAACCCAUGCAACUCCAGACCGACACCAUCACCGUCGACCUCAAACGCAUGGCCACAGAUCUCAACUACGGAAAACAGCUGUCCCGAGGAAAAGGCUUCCGCAUCUACAACGAAGCCUUUACCAAAAUCCUCGGCGAUGACCCUUCAAUCACUCAGGUCCAAAGCCGUGAUUAUCAGUUCGCUCAUGAAGCAGGCGUGUACAUCAAAUCCACCAACCGCGUCUACUUUACCGCAAACUUCCAAACCUGCGACCCCAUCGCUCUCUACUCGGUCGAUGCCUCUACCCUCGAAGUGUCCGAUGACGAUUUCUCAGGCGUAGUCCAAGCAAACGGCGCAUGCAACUACAAAGACAAAAUCCUAUACUGUUGUCAAGGCUCCAAAACCUCUCCAUCCGCUCUAGUGCUCGUGGACCCAUCCACCUCCACCUCAGAAGCACUGAUAACCAAUUUCCAAGGCCGCGCUUUCAACAGCAUAAACGAUGUGAUAAUCCACCACGCGAACGACGACAUAUGGUUCACAGACCCGACCUACGGCUACGAACAAGCUUUCCGGCCCACCCCCGACUUACCCUCUCAAAUCUACCGCUAUAAGCCUUCCACUGGGGAGGUUUGGUGUGUGGCCGAUGGUUUCGCACAAUGCAAUGGGUUGUGCUUUUCUCCCGACUAUGCCACCCUCUACGUCACUGAUACCGGCGCCUGUCAAGCGCAUUCGGGCCCGGGCGACGGGCAUAAUUUUUCCAUGAACCCGAGGCUGCCGGCUACGAUAUAUGAAUACGAUGUCGUUGAGCAUGGCACCAAGCUUGCCAACAGGAGGGUUUUCGCAUACUGUGAUAAUGGGGUGCCUGAUGGGAUCAAAUGUGACGAGGCGGGGAAUGUGUAUUCGGGGUGUGGGGAUGGAGUGCACGUGUGGGAUAAGCAGGGGACGUUGAUUGGGAAAGUUGUGGUUGGUGGUUGCGUGGCUAAUUUCUGUUUUUCGAGGGAGGGGAUGUGGAUGUUUGGGGAGGAGGAGUUGUAUUUGUGUAAGCUUGGUGGUGUCAAGGGGGCGUUGGUUGGGAUUGAGUGUGAGUGAGGUAUGAAGGGAGAGUUUUGGAGGUAGAAGGAACUAAGGAAAUUGAACAAAGGCUGAGUGUGCGGAUUGUCCUUUUUUGUCCCACCCAUCAUGAAGCGCCUUCUUGGGAGUAGUGUCUAAAAAUCAUCC